AUGCGUGAAUCGGAAACGAUGCAUACGAGAGUAGCAAGCGUGGUGUGUUGGUUUGUGUCACAACUUCCUUUUCAGCUGCAAGCUGAUCAAGAGGCUCAGAAGAACACGAGGAAGAAAACAUCUCGAGCCAUUCUCUCGGCUUCCUUGCUGGACUGCUCGUUUUGAUUGACAUGUCAAACCCAGUCAUCACUCAGCCUGGUGCUGGCUCUUAUGGUACAAAUGUGCAGACUGGAGAGUGGAGCACUGGUCUUUGUUCUUGCUGCAGUGACCUACUUGUCUGUGCUCUUGGCUGUGUCUGUCCAAUAGCCCUCAGCUGUUACACAGCACACAAGUAUGGUGAGAAUGUAUGUCUCUCAUGUGUACCUGGAGGAAUGGCUGCAAUGAGGACACACAUGCGUCUAACCUAUGGAAUACAGGGCACAAUAUGCAAUGAUGCUUUGAUGACCUGUUGCUGUGGAAUAUUUGAAACAUGUCGAAUGACCAGAGAAAUUCGUAUCAGGAAUGGAGAGACCUAGUGACUGUCAUUACUGUUUCAGUUUU